CUUUUAAACGUAUUGUUACACUUGAAGAACCUGAUAUUACCGGACUUGAUGCCCUUCAAGCUCUGGCUCUCAGUGGUGAAGUGGUCCAAAAUAUAUCUGAAACAGUAACCGCACCAUCACAAACAAAGUAUUUACGAGGUCAAUUUGUCAAAAUGAGGAACAAGCCAAAGACAAGCAGAUUUAACCUUAUAAUGAAAAGGACUGCUAGUAAAGAAAGCAAGUCUAAAAACUCAAAACGACGAGGCAUUGAACUGGCGAAGAAAUUACGGAAGAAAAGGCGCUUGGUCGUGAACAAACAUCGACGCGCAACAGGCGAUAAACUUAUGAGAGUGAGGAAAACAAGACGAUUGAUUGUUAAUAAACGACGUCAAGUACAACAUAAAACCACAACUACCAAGGAUAAAGAAUCAGCCUGUCAUUGGGGUUACGAGUGCAGCGAUCCUACUGAUUUAGACACAUGUCAACUGUUCACAAAGUGCAAGGAUCAAAAAGAAGCAAAAGAAGACAACAUUAAAGUUCCUCACAACAGCGAUGAACAUUCAAAGGCAAUUCAACAAUUUCGGAAGAUGUUAGGAAUAUCGCUUGUGGAUGAAGAAGUUGAAAAAAUAUUGGAGAGUCGAAUUAUUAGUAUGAAACCAAAUAAAUUGGGUGCCGAUGAAAGGAUUGAAAGUCUAUCAGAAUAUUUUAAUAGCAUUGUAAUAGCGGAAGAACAACGGACAACUACUGCAUUGUCUCCAUCUGCAGACGAUGAAGAUACCACCGAAAUUAAUAAUGAUAAUGCGACGAAAGAGCAAAACCAGAAGAUGAUUGAAAAUGAUUUUAAAAAUGAAAGCAAAGAGAAGCACGAAAUGAGAAAAAGUUUAAAAUUUAUGAUAAAAACAACACCGGUCUCCAGUUGA